AAGGGGCGGGGCUUGGGUAUGCAGCGUUCCGAGAGACUGCUUCUAUGCAAGCUGAGAGAGUUGGGUUACUAUUAGACAACUGCUCUGCUGGAAAGGGACUGUUUACAGGGACAGGCUCCUAACCACACCAACCCAGUAUUGAGAUUAAAAGAAAAGGACUUUGUUCACAGACGAGGAGCAGGGGGGACACUAAACCGUCUGCGUGUGCACACAAUUGUUUUGUAUUAUUGUUAAGGUAAGAUAUCAGAGACACAGAAAACAGCAUCGGACUGGGAAUUGUAAAAGUGUAGCUUCAAGAUACAAAGUUAAAAAAUAGUAAACAUCAUUGAACAACCUUUUCCAGCUGCAACAAGAAACCAAACGGAAUUCUUCAGUACAGCAGAUGCUGGAGACUGGUUCUUUUUGGCACAGCGUUCUGACGAAUUGAAUUGUACAUUGGAUUUGAAAUACGAUUGUUUGAGGAACUGCCUCGCUCGUGCAGCUGUGGGAUUAAAAUUGAGCGAGGUGGAAUGUUGGAUUUAUUUACUUGCGAGAAAAUACAAUUACGUUGAUUUUCUUUAAAAACAAACCACUUUAGUGUUAAGUUGGUGGACAUUACGCUGUAAACACGCUGUAUUUUGACUUUCUCCAGCUGUGUAUGUAGCUAAUUAAUGAAUUGCCUUCCAAACACAACUGACUCGUAAAAAUGGAAAACGAGUCUCCUUGAUUUUAUUUUCCCUAAGCUGUUUUUUCCCAGCUUGAGUAUUGUUUGUAGCACUUAAACACCAAAAUAAGAAAAAUGGGAAACAGUUUUUCCAACAUAUCCGCCUUCCAGUCGCUUCACAUCGUCAUGUUGGGCUUGGACUCUGCUGGCAAGACCACCGUAUUGUACCGGCUGAAAUUCAACGAGUUUGUCAACACUGUGCCCACCAUAGGGUUCAACACGGAGAAGAUAAAACUCAGCAACGGCACCGCCAAGGGCAUCAGCUGCCACUUUUGGGAUGUCGGGGGGCAGGAGAAACUGCGGCCGCUUUGGAAGUCCUACAGCCGGUGUACCGAUGGAAUUAUCUACGUGGUGGAUUCGGUCGACGUAGACCGGCUGGAGGAGGCUAAAACAGAGCUGCACAAAGUCACCAAGUUUACGGAGAACCAGGGCACGCCGUUGUUGGUGAUCGCCAACAAGCAGGACUUGCCCAAGUCGCUCCCCGUGGCGGACAUUGAAAAGCAGCUGGCGCUUCACGAGCUCUGCCCCUCCACCAGCUACCACGUACAGCCAGCCUGCGCCAUCAUUGGAGAGGGGCUCCCUGAAGGAAUGGACAAACUCUACGAAAUGAUCCUGAAACGCAGGAAAUCUCAGAAGCAGAAAAAGAAACGGUAAUUUUGGAGUCGUCUGUCUACCGCCUAUUGACUAUAGGCGGCUGUUGACUUAAGGUAAACACCUUAGUCAUUCUGUCAAUAUCGCCCCAAACCAAAAGCAGAGGAAACGUUUACUUGGUCAACCUCUAAAUAUUAUAUAUAUAAAUAAAUAUAAUGUGCGAUAUUGGCCAGCUGUGUUUUGCCUUGUGGAAGGAUUUGUGCACGUAUUUGGAAGUGCUGGAUUAUGAUUACUUUUUUUUUUUUCCCCUACCGGUCAACCAAAAAGUGUGCAUUAUUUAUCGCAUUUUGAAAUGGGCUGGCCCUUCAGACGCUGCUAUCUGGAAAUGUAGCCUGCGACAUUUUGGGAUUUGUCGUAUUCGAUUACUUUCAUAGGGAACACAGAAGAAAAAAAAAACACUGACAAUGUCGGGAUAUUCCUGGUGUUUAUAUUUAAAAUACGUUUUCAUCGAACUUAAUCGAAUAUUGCUUAGUUUUUGCCAGACAAUUAUCUACUUUUUGCACGUGAUGUGGACGUACUUCUCAUACUGACUGAAGUCAACCUAGUUCACUGCCGUGUCUAUGACACACCUGUGUUUAACUAAAGACAACCAAAAUGGAUUGUAAUUAACUGUACUUUACAGAAAACACAUUAAUGACUGCAACUCACAACAAUAUAUAUAUAUAUAUAUAUAUAUAUAUAUAUAUAUAUAUAUUACACACACAAACACCUGGGUGUUUUCUUGAAUCGUAUACACUGUCACCAUAAACGUGUUUUCCUAUAGCAUUGUUUAGAAUAUGAAGACACUUUUUUGCACUUUUGUUAAAAAAGAGAGUACUACACUGUAAAAUAUGAGACUUUAUCCACAAUUAAGCCAAAAAAACUGCAGUAUUUUUAAACUAAUUUUUUAAAGGUUAAGUGCUUGUAAAAGCUGUAUUCAUCUCUGAAAGAAUCUUAGUUCCAAGUCAGACUGUUUCUAAUAUUUCAAAUGUAGGUGGAAGCUAAUCAAAGGAAACAUACUCAUUUUCAAAGAAAAGGUUCCCAAUAUUUACUUUAAAAUGCCUAAACCACCAGUAUUUGUGCAGUUUGCUGUGUUGCUCUACAUGGGUUAAGUAAGUUUUUGACAUUUCUAACCUAAGCACAAAUUACUACUUGAACUUACAGGUAAAGGAGGUUGCCAUCUGAGAGAGAAAAACAAACAUUGGCUUGGAAAUGGUUAAUGUUUCAACAUAAUCACCCCACUUGACUGAAUUCAGGUUUACCAUGCAGUCAUGGGAGCCAAAGUCUUCGGUCAACAUUUUGUUGGGUUGCAAACAGAGAUGGAGGGAUGUUGUAACCUGUUAAAAUAUGUUUAAAAAAAAAAAAAAAAAAAAUUAAACCACUAGGCACCAACUCAGUUUUGUUGGUCAAAGCUACAAUUUUUUAUGAACUUAACCAAUCCCAAAUGUUUAGAUCUCCCACGUACAGUAUAGCAUAGCUGUUUUAGUCAGUGUAUGUUAAAACGUUGAUAAAGCCUUCUCCAAGCAUUUUUCUAAUUUAGUACAAGGUCACUUUUUAUUACCACUGGUUAUGCAGCGGUUGUUUACUGUUAAAUUCUAGGACGAUAUGAGGAAAAACAUUGACUGCUGCUUUACAGUAUGGCUCUGUUAUAGUAUUCCCAUGCAAAGACAUUUUGUAGUCUAAGGAAAAAACAAGUGCAGUCAAAAUGCAGUAUAUUGAUAAUGUGUUUUAAAUAUGCAACAUGUUCAGUGAGCAGAAAAUUACUCUGUCAGUGUCAGCUUUUUUGUAAACUUAAAAAUGUUUUAUUAUAUAUUUUUUGUAUGGCUCUUCAAGAAUUCCCUGUUAAAUGUAUGGAUCUUUUAGCCAAGAAUUUUGGACAUCUCUUCCUUAUAAUAUGGUAAUAUUAGCACCCUCAAAUCCUAGCAACAAAAUGUGACAACACUUGAAAUUUUGACGCAAGCUCCCUACGUUUCCUUCAGUUAAUGGCUUGUGUGUUGAAACAUGAAACUUUUUUCGGGUUAGGCUGGCCUUUCCCAUCUCCAAAUGUUACAUUAAAAUUGUCAUAUUUAAAUAUGUACAUUGCAUAUUCUGUAUGCGAUUGAAAAUACAAGAUCAAUGUAUAGUGAUUGCCCUUAGGGGAGUCUAAAUAAAAUCUUAAUUUGAUAAUAAAAAAAAAUUCUGUCA